AUGUCUACCGACAGAGAGGACCCGGACGAGAAGAAUAAUGCCAUCUACGCCCCAAAGGGCACCCCGGAAGUAAGACGUAUUGGUGGCCCAGUGAGGCCAAUAGGAACCACUCAUUUCUCCUUCCACGGGCUCAAGUCCAAGGACAAGCUUAGACUAUCGUGGGACUACAGGGCGCCUGCCUGGAGAAUGGCUGUGCCGGGUAUAAGCCUCAUAGGGAUUUGCAAAACUCGUGCCUGCGUAGCUUUCGACAAAGAGAUCCUAAUCAGAUGGGGCCCGAACAAUUUCAACUUUGAAGAGGACGAGCAUCUCUCUGUGUGCCCCAUGUGCGAAGCAUACGUCGAACCAAAGAACUGCGGGUUCUCAGACAUCCAGUGGAGAGUGGUUGGCCGUAGGCAGAUUGGGAGUGAGCCUGAGGAGGACGUUAAUGGGGAUUGGAAUGUAGCAGAGGCUGACGGCUGGAGCACAUUCAUCUCCGAUGACUCUCUGCUUGCAAUGUGGAGUACUCUGAAGCUUGAGGUUAAACCCCGUGGCAAGUAA